AUGACAUAAAAUUUAAAAUUCUUCUUUGCUGAUAAUUCUAAAUCCUAAGAUCCUCAUAGCUCCUCAUUCUCAAUAUAAAAAAUGUAAAAUAGCUCAUAACAUGGUGGAAAUAUGGGCACUUAAAUAAACAAUAGCGAAAAUAUAGUAUCAGCAGCAAUUUAUUUAUAGUAAAUAGAUGAAAAGUAUUCAUAAAUGUACAUGAACAAGUAAAUUGAUAAAGCCAAAAAAGACAAAUCACAUAAUCAAAAACCAAGUCAUAAUGAUCAUACUUAAGUAUAUAAUAAUAUGGAUGUAACUAACAAAUUUUGAUAAUAAAAACAAUCAGAAAUUUUAGGAAAUAAUUCAUACAUACCUCAAAUACAGCCUAUCAUAAAAAGUGAAGUAUUAUAGCCUUAAAAUCCAUAUAUAAUCUAUCCAAUAUCCC